AUGUCUGUCUCACCGCAACCAACCCAGUCGACCAAGCGGCCUCUGGAGGAGGCGUCGUCGCCAUCUCGCAACGACCAGCCCGAGGCCAAGCGACCGGCGCUUGACAAGGUUAUCAAAGAGCAGGCAGAGAUUCAGAAGGACCUGUCUUCGGAUAAUAACGGCGACGUCGUCGCUACCAUCCAGUCGCCCGAGUCGAACGGCGUUGCAAAGGCCAACGGCAAGAAGUCAGAUGCAAAGGACGACCAAGGCGACACAGUUGUUCCCGAUGCGCCCGAGACCAAGCCAAUUGCUAGCACCACUUCUGGCAUCACAUCGCAGCCGCAGGCGAACCCCGCACAAACCCAUGACGAAACUGCUUGGAUCCACGUCCGCGCUGUCAUUUCGAGCCCUGAGGCCGCUACCAUUAUAGGAAAGGGCGGCGAGAAUGUGUCCAAGAUUAGACAGAUGUCUGGAGCCAAGUGCACCGUCAGCGAUUACCAGAAGGGCGCUGUUGAGCGCAUCCUCACAGUGAGCGGCGUUGUCGACGCCGUUGCAAAGGCAUUCGGCCUAAUCAUUCGCACUUUGAACAACGAGCCUCUUGAGGAGCCCUCAAGCUCGCACUCCAAGACGUAUCCCCUCCGUCUUCUCAUUCCCCACGUUCUCAUCGGCUCCAUCAUUGGCAAGGGCGGCGCUCGUAUCAAGGAGAUUCAAGAGGCCUCCGGCGCUCGCCUCAAUGCCUCUGAUUCUUGCCUGCCCUUAUCCACUGAGCGCUCGCUCGUCGUCAUGGGUGUAGCUGAUGCUGUGCACAUUGCGACGUACUACGUCGGAAGCACUCUUCUUGAGCAACUGAAUGAACGGUUUGGCGGCCCUGCCGCAUCUGCGUAUGCCACCCGCAGCGGCGGCCCAGCCGGUGCGGUUCCUGGCGGAAUGCAAGUAGUUCCGUACUCCCCGCAGCCGUCCAGCGGCAAUUACGGCAAUCGCGAGCACUACAAUCGCGGCCGUCCCGAUGGCAGACCUCACCAGAUGCCCCCCCACCCCUAUGCACCCCCUUACACCCAUCCCCAGCAGGCCCAACCCGCUCCUGCUGUUCCGAUGCACUACGGAGGUCACCCCGUUGCUCAAGGAUAUGGAGCGGCCCCCCAUAUCCAGCCUCAUCAUCCUGCUCACCCCGGUCCCCAGCCCCACGUGAGCGGUCCCCAUGGGCCCCCCAUGCCAGGCGGUGCCAUGCCCGGCGCCACCCCUCUCACACAGCAGAUCUUUAUCCCUAAUGACAUGGUUGGAGCUAUCAUUGGCAAGGGAGGCCAGAAGAUCAAUGAGAUUCGCCAAAUCAGCGGUAGUGUCAUCAAGAUCAAUGAGCCGCAAGACAAUAGCAAUGAGCGUCUCGUCACUAUCACUGGAACCGAGGAAUGCAAUAGAAUGGCCCUCUAUAUGCUUUACUCUCGCCUUGGUGAGGACGACCUGGUCAUGGAGGACUAG